AUGGACGACCUCGAGCUCCUGGGAAACCACAGCAUCCCCUUGAACAGCCCUGAGCCCAACGAUCCGCUCUUUCAUGUCUGCUGGCGUCGGCAGUCGUGCUCAUACUGUCUGACUGGAGAUGUACCCUGCAGCUGGUGCGCUAUAUCUUCGACGUGUGUUCCUAACCCCUCACGGGUCCCGAUACUUGCGCCCAUUGGCUCGUCGGGUAUUUGCCCCCUUGGCUCGAAAGAGGAAUGGGAGUUGAGGGCGAUUUCUUUUGGGUGCCACGCUAGCACAUUGACUGUUAUAUCGGUCUCGGUUGCUGUUCUAGCGACGCUGGCUUUGGGGGGGAUGGUGGUUGGGUUGGUGUGGCUUGUACGUCGGAUACAACGGCGCUGGAAGGAAGAUGACUACGAACAAAUCGAAGUGGAAGAGCAAGAGGAGCCCCGAGGGCAUUUCUGGGGUUUUCGACUUGCGUCCUUUGUUAGUCUCUUUCCCUUCCAAUUGGAGGGGACAGAGGCAGAGACAAGGCCGCUGUUACAGUAG